AGAAUAAAAAUGGGUUCGGUUCCUUCAGAACUGAGCUUAGAUUUUAGACCAGAAUUUGUACCCAAAACGAUCAGUAAUUUCCUCAGGGAGGUUUCAUUGAUCGGAACCAGUUCCGAUAAGGCUUCGAGACUCGAAUCUUUUGUCAACAAAUUGGAAGAAGAAAUGAGAAAGAUCGAUGGUUUUAAACGUGAACUUCCUCUUUGUGUGCUCCUUUUGAACGAUGCGAUUUUAGCUUUGAAAGAGGAAUCAAUGCAAUGUGUGGGGAGACGAGUUGAACCGGUUUUAGAAGAAUUCAUGCCAUUGAAGGAGGAUAAUCACAGUGAAGAAGAUUCUAACAAGAAAAACGAUAACGAUUUCAAUUGUAAUAAAGAUAAGAAAAACUGGAUGACUUCGGUUCAGCUAUGGAACACUGAUGAUGACUAUAGUAAGUGUUGA